ACUUUUAACUUUGAAGAUAAUUGAAUGAGGGGGAAUGAAAGGAUCUCAUGAUGCAAUCAAGCCCCUAGUGAUGGAACCAAUCUGCCAACCAAAAUCCCAGAAACUGUUUAAAAUAAUAUAAUAAUGGUUCUCAACAAUAACAAAAACAAGCAAUCGCUGCUCAUUGCCAUAGUUACGAUCGUUGGUUACGAUUCUACUCGUUGAUUACGAUAACAUUCGAAAAGUCAAUGUUUUGUUCCAUUUGAUAUCGAAAGAGCCCUGGUUAAUGGAGUUUAGUAAGAGUUAUUAAAACAGAAACUGAAUAUACUGUUUGUACAGUAUCUACUGUGCCCAAAGUACCUUGUAGAAGUUUUCGCGUUAUGUUUUGAUAAUAAACACACAUCAAAAACUUAACAUUAUUUCGUCUUUCUUGAUAAGUUAUUCUUUUUUAUGCACGAUUUAAUUAAACAUUUGUGAAAGAUUUUUGGGAUAUUUUUGAAUAAAAAUUUCAGCAAUGGUAAGAUUGCAUGUUAAAAAAGCAGAUCAAAGUCUUUUUUUGUAUGAUACGAACUGUUCAGUUAAAAUUGAUGAUCUUCUAAAGGACCUGGUUGCUAUUCAUAAUGGAAGACUUAAAAUUGAAAGGCUAUGUUUCGAAAUUGAUGAAAUGUCUAAACAUGGAGUGAGUCUCCCGCCACAGAUGCAAGGUUUGUCAUCAGAGCAAAUCAAAGAGUUAAAGCUAGAAGAUUCUUGGCGUGUAAAACAAUUAUCAUCCUCUGAUUACAUUCUAAAUUCUGAUUCAAUAGGGAAAAGAAAUGGUUUUG